AUGCUGCUGUUCUACCCUGGCUGCAGGGACGGGUUGAUCGUGCAGGAGGGACAGCCCUGCCACCGCCUUGCCUGCAACACGUGCCUCUGUGUGCACUUCACCCACAAGGUAACAAAUUGGAAGUACUCAAAGCUGAAAGAAGUGGAUGAUGGGCUUGGGGGAGCAGUUGCCUGGGAGGAUGUUGACUGUGCUGCAGAGCCAUGUCCUAAAUGAGAACCUCCUUGUGCUUACUACAUGUAGCUUCAGACCCGCUCUGCAGAUGAGCCGAAGACCACCUUCUACCAGUGCUGCAGGGCUCGGUGUGGACACCACUGGAGGGAUUAG